AGGGAGGUAGGGUGUGGAGGGGUGAAGCAUUGGUGAUUCAGAUGCCUGGGUGGUAUGGGAGAAACAUGUACAUAUAUGAACCAGGUAGAGAAUCUGUGAACAUAUAUGUGGCUGUGGGGUCCCUCACUCCCUUUGCAAAUAUUUGUCACCUUAGGUAUUCUCUCUACUUCACUGAUGGUUGAGAGCAAACCCUAUUAAUAGGUUUCCAUUUCACCCUUUUUGUCCACUAAUUGCCCCUGGAAACCUUUCCUUCCACCACCUCCUAACCCUUCCAACCCCAACCCUGUGCUCUGAUUUCUGUCCCCUCUUAGGUCUGGAAAAGAAAAAGGGAAAAGGAGGAAAGACAUUUCACCCCUUUCUCCUUCCUGAGGGGGAACUUUGAGAAAGAACUCAGUUCUUUUCAAAGAGAAAAAAUAGAACCCAAAUAGGGAGGGAUGGAGGUAAGAAGCAGAAGGGAAUAUUGAGGUGAGCUCAUAUUUCUGGAUCUCUCUUCUGGACUAAAGAGAAGCACAGUAGUCAGUGCUGGGAGGUCAAAAUUACUACGCAUUUUCUAGGAUGAGUAAAUGCCCCCUGAGCGAAGGGAUCACAGUCAUAUGAGGGUAUGAUUUCUAGAGCUCCUGUCUUGAUCAUUUUUAUUGACCCCAGCUAAUGAUGAAUGACUAUCCAGUCACCCGGACAGUUGGAGAACAGGUUGUCUGGGUCCCAGGAACUGCGUGGCUCCUCCUAUCCCCAACUUCCUUUAUUUUCCUCCACUGUAAAAAAUGCAUUUUAUUACAAAAUGCAUUUUAUUCCAAAAAUCUUAUAAAUAAGGUCUUGCUUUUUCUUCCCAUCCUUAUUCCCUCACCCACCCUCCUCUGCCCCCCACUUUGGAAAAAAGGUUUCUUCUGAAAAAAUAAAACUUCAGAUCAUGUGGGAAUUAUGCCACUUACAAAUUCCUUCGCCUCCUUCUCCUUGGUCCUUGCUGUUAUAUCUGGGCUCCAAAGAUCACAGUGCAACAAUGGGAAGAGGAGGCUGCAGGUGCCCUUUGGGGAAGUGUCUGUGGUCCGGGACUGGCUGGGCAUUGUGGGAACAGUGUUAACCCCACCCCAGGAACACCCCAAGCGACGUAUCCUGGGGCUAAAAUGCCCACAGUCAGAGGUGAGUGGUGCUCGCUUUUGGGGCUUUUUCCGUGCCCUCUGUGGACAACCUGAGACCUUCUUCAGACACUGCUUUGUCCACAACCUAUGUCCUCUUCUUUUCUUGGCCCCUACUGGGCGCAACCUUACACCUGCGGAUCUGCCUGCCAAGCAGAGAGAGCAGCUACUGGCGGCCUGUGAUGUUGCCCUUCGACGCCAGGUGCAAUUGCUGGGCGUUCGCCUGGUGGUAGGAGUGGGGCGGCUGGCAGAACAACGGGCUCGCCGAGCACUGGCAGACAUCAUGCCUGAGGUUCAGGUAGAAGGGCUCCUGCACCCUUCUCCUCGAAGCCCACAGGCCAACCGGGGAUGGGACACUGUGGCCAGAGAACGACUGAGGGAGUUGGGCCUCAUGCCUCUGUUGACAGUUGAGUGAAGUGCCCAAAAUAUGCCCAUUGCCAGGUUGAAGACAACAGGGAAAGCCAUUGUUCCCAGGCAUCGAAACUCAUCCUUGGACAUGCAAAAGACACUAUACCGGCUGGGCUGAACAUACAUGUAAUAAGGUGCUAUUUGUAUAUGUAACAUCCUGACCAGAUCCCAUCUAGGGAGCUGGAUGAUGUUUACUUGAACUCUUUAUACUGUUUUAGUUAUCACACUAUUCUCCCUUCUCCUUCAGUACUUCCACUCUCAUUUGGGUCCUUCCUCUUUGGGCUUGGUACUCACACACUACAGGGAGUUGGCAAGUAGAUGCUUUCCCAGAUAACAUGAUAUCUUCUGUCUCUUCCUCCUUCUUGGUGUUCUGGUUAAGUGACUUAUGGAGAUGAUAUUGGCACCUACAGGGGACUAACUUGCUAUUCUCAGAAAAAGGUCCUGACCAGAAGCCAUGCGUCUCUGUAGGAAACUUUGGUCUUGCCCUUUUAGGACAUGGAUAUGAGAAUUAGGCAUCAGUGCAAAGGAGAGAUCGAGGUUAGACUUGAAGAGGACUCCCUGAUCCUUGAGGGUUGGAGGCACUGAAACGCACUACCAAGAGAAGAGACAUCUCUGUUCUUGAAGACCAUUUAUAAUAUGAGAUACCCUCAUAUUUAUACUUUGUGAUAAGAAACUGCUCUACUCAGGUGGAUCUGUUGACCUCUAGAAAAACUUUUUUAACCUGAAAACUUCUGGAUGCAUUAAAUUUCUAACCCCUCUUAACUGUGCCCUUUUUCAUUUGUCUCUGUCUUAAGUUUAGGCUCCUCAGGAAGUCUAUUAUUUAGGGUUAAGGGAAAGAGUGUAUAACAGACUGACUCAGACUGGUCCCUGUUAGUUUUAGGUUGGAUGUUGAAACAAAAUGAGACAUUCAAGUCAUUCAACGAUUAACAAAAAGAAAUUUCCUUAGCCAUAGCAUAGAAAGGAUAUUGAACAAAGAAACUGCAUCAUUUAGCUUGGGUAGACUUGGCCCCUAACCCAUCUGGUCAACAGAGCCAAGUAGUGACUCAGGUGUCCUUGAAACAUCUGCCAAAGUCUGAAGGACCCUAACUCCAUGAGGGUGGGUCUUUUCUCUUAGGUCAUCACAGGAUGCCCGGUCAGUAUGGCAGAGGUGCAUCAAUGGAGAUGGUGUUUGAGCCUUAGCCUCCUGGGCCAAUUAAGUCUUGAGAUAGCUUUCUUGUAUUUUAUGGAAAGAACUAACUAAACAUAUGGGUGGUAGAUGGAGGCCCUGGUAGAUGGUAAUCCUAUCACAGAGACCCUAAAGGGUUCUCUUACUCACCUUCUGGAAAUCAUAAUGUCCCUAUUAAAAUCGUGUCUAGUACUUGGGAGACAAGUCAGGAAUGAGUGUUAAGAGACACUUGAAUCUUCAUGUGGCAUCCCCCUCCAUCCCUCUAGUGAAGACUAGGAAUUCAAGCUAAGUCCUGGGUUAUUUUUAUACUUGCCAGAAAUAGGGGGCAGUUGCCAGAAAUUGGGAGGUGUUGAAGUAGACCAAAUUUGAGCUACCAUCCCUUGGGACUAAUCUCUAACUUUGAAAAGUAAUCUGGUGAUAGCUCCUAUGUGCUGCUAAUUAUUAUAUGAGAGAAGUUAGUGGCUCUGUUUGCAAGGCCAAAAAAACAUAACAUAAUGGGUAAAUUUUUAUUGAGAACCUGCUAGAUGUAAAACAGUUUCAGGUGCUAUGGGGAAUACAAGAUGAAUAAGUCAUGGUUUCUCCUUUUAAGGAGCUUAAAAUUCUUGAUAUUAGACAUGUGAAAUAUAAUGUGGCCUAGUUGGAGGACCCUUGGACCACAAGUCAAGAAAUCAGAAAGAGGGGGCAGCUAGGUGGCGCAGUGGAUAGAGCACCAGUCCUGGAUUCAGGAGUACCUGAGUUCAAAUCCAGCCUCAGACACUUGACACUUACUAGCUGUGUGACCCUGGGCAAGUCACUUAACCCCCAUUGCCCUGCAAAAUAAAACAACAAAAAAAAUAAAUGCUAGAAAAGAAAUCAGAAAGAUCUUACACCUGACUCCCAUUCCAGCCUUCAUCUGUGACCUUAUCAACUGAGACUCUGGUUUGUGGGAACCAGCAAACAAGAGUACAGAAUAAGGGUCUGUCUGGGCAUCAAAAUCCAGAAUCCUAGCUCCUGGCCUUGGGACUCUCCUGGGAGAGAAAGAAGUAUCUUCCCUAGGGAAUGAAUGAAUGAAUGAAUGAGUGAGUGAAUGAAUGUGAGUGAGAUUUUCCCCAUCCCUUAGUUAUAAGUGAUUUAAU